AUGUCUCAUAUUAAAGAAGGCCACACUCAAAUCAUGAAGCACUUGCCAGCUUGUCAGCACUUGUCCCCACUGCCUGUUGAACAAAGAAUUGACAUUUGAAAUUACAUUCUGAGCUAUGUAGCUCUUCAACCCAUGGCUCCUUUUAUCAUCCAAUCUCUUAUUCAAAUCAUUGCUGAAGUUACAAAAUUAGGAUGGUUUGAAGAUCAGCCUGUCUUCAGAGAUGUAAAAAAAAUUUUGCAGGGCACUGUGGACCACAAUACAACAGGAGUAAUGCUCCUCUCAGAACUGAGUCAGGAAAUGAGUCUAGAACCCAAAGCAUGGGUUGAUUAUUCAAGUCCUUCAGUGAAACAUUGUUAAAUAGCUGCCUCAUUCUGGGACACCUCCCUGAAGGACAUACUGAUGCUUGUGUGCUCUCUUUUGAAGGAGCUCUUGGCAAAACCUUUAACCCUUCAGAAUCAACAGCAGCAAAGCCUGGCAUUGCAACUUUUGAAGCUUAUACUAAACUGUCCUCAUUUUGACUUCCUUGGAAAUUCAGCUGAUGAACUAUGCACUGGGCAGACUCCAACAAACUGCAAAACAACUAAUCAGAUCCUCUCUCUUGGGACUUUGUCAAAAGAUCAGGUUUAUCCGUUGAAACUCAAGAGCAUUUCCAUCUGUUGCUCUGCACUGAAGUCUACCUUGUGUGGAAAUUAUGUCAGCUGCGGCAUCUUCAAGUUGUACGGGGACAACCACUUUGACAAUGUACUUCAGGCCUUUGUCAAAAUGCUGCUUUCAGUAUCCCACAGUGACCUGCUACAAUAUCAAGAACUAAGCCAGUCUUAUUACCCACUUUUGGAGUGUCUGACCCAAGAUCAGAUGAGUUGCAUUACCAGUUUAGAACCUCACAUCUUUCUGACCUCGAUAUCUGGAGGACUCACUGCAGUAGAUGUGAUUGUCUCCUCCAGCUGUUGUGCUGGUUUAGACUACAUUGUCCCCUACCUCUUCAGGAACCUUGCUAAAGGAGACAAGAAGACUCUCAUAUAGAGAAGCAAAGAGAACGUGGAAGCGAAACGGCUCCUUAAUGUUCGGGAGCAAGUCUGAGCAUCCUUCUGAAGCUCAGCAGUGGUUGUUGGCUUUGGCCCGGGUUUGGCUGUGCCCUGGGCUCGUACCCCCCGGGCGAGUAACGCAGCCUGAGCUCCAUCUGCAGCCACUUUGGGAGGGGGUCUCACAGCUACACCGA